AAAGCUUCCACUUGUUGCCGAGCAGCAUCGGGAAUCGUCGGCUGACCAUCGAGUUCCGACUCGUCUGUGCUUCAGAAGCCGAGGUUUGUCCGUGAACACAUCAGGAAUCGCCGCAGCCUCAUCAGUGCACGAUCACAGCGCCGCGUUCACGGUCCUCAGGAAGUCUGGUUUCAUGUCGAAGUCAGUCCUGCAUCCAUGGCCAUGUGGACACAUCCGCCUGGCGUGUGGACUCCUCUUCCUCCUCCUCCUCGCCUCCUCACCGCUCCUCACUGCAGGGAGACUGAGCAACUGCACCCACCCUCUGGUGCCGGAACAUGGAGGUUUCCGCUGUGAUCCAUCUCCGUGUCGAGGUUUCCCUCAGAAGAGCUCCAUCCAUUUCUUCUGUGAGCCUGGUUACCACAUCAACAGGGCCCGUGUGUCCAGGUGUCGCCAAGGCAAGUGGCAGCCUCCGAUUCCUACCUGCAUCCCUAUCAAAGAAGGUCCCAACAUGAACCCUGAUGACAGAUCAAACGACUCGAUGCCCAGCAUGGCUACCACCGCGGUGGGCGUGUCCAUCUUCUUGCUCACCACCACGGCCUGCCUGGUUGCCAAGUCCCGCCUCUAUCCCUGUCAAUCGCACAACAGCCGUCGAUCCUCUGACCAACUUGACCUGAUGGUGGACGGACUUCCUGUCUCUCUUCCAUCCUACGAGGAGGCGAUGUAUGGCAGCUGGGGACAGCGUCUUCCGGCCUGCUCAGCACCAGGACCCACCCAGCUCCUUUUGGCUCAGGAGGCUCCCGUGUGCCACCAGCUGUCCCGCUGCAACCAGUCGGACAACAGCCACCGCCCCCUGCUGUCCUCCCAAAGCCCUGACAACCCCCCGCCCCCUUAUGAGGAGGUGCAGUCAUCGCGUCUCAGAGACAGGACGAGUGAUGGGGACGUGCGGCAGCUACAUGUUGCCGAGGACAAAGACACUUGAUUGACUGACUGUCUGGUUCAUUUGUGACUACACUUCGAGCACACGGCCUGCAGCUGUGAAACAGUGAAAGCAUGAUUUUGAUUGACAGCUAAGUGGUGCUGUGUUUACAAUGCACAUGAUGGCUUAUAGCAUAAAAACACAGAACAUGGACAUGACUGCAGACUCCUGUGCUGCCUGCACUUUCCCUGGUUGGCUGUAGCUCAUCAGGAUUAGGACACUUGUGUCCUGUCACAUGCUAUUUUAGAUGAAGCUGAUAAGCUGUGAUUGGCCCGAGGUCAGGUCACAAAGGCCCAACUAAAGAGGACUGAGGUGCAUUAAUUAAUUAAAUGUUGAUUGUAUAGUAUUAAUUGCUUGUACAGCACGAGGAGGGAGUUUAUGUGCACAUGUGUCUCUGCUGUCAGGUGAAAAGCUUAUAUCCAGAGUCUCAUCUCUCAGGAGUAAAACUGCCUUGUUUUUAUUGUGAUGACACAAAUAAUGUUUUUAAAAAGAUCCUUCAUUUUAAAUGAAAAAAAAAUUAUAAAAAGUAUGAGGUUUUUCACACAAGUGUGUGUGUGUGUGUGUGUGUGUGUUUUUGUGUGUGCGUGUUUUCAGUGUUGUUCUGAAGACAUCAUAUAUCCCUCCCGUCAGUGACGGGGUUGAUUGAGGCUUCCUUCAUGAAGUCACUUUUGCGCUGUUAUAGAAACCAUUGUUUCCAUGGCAACCGGCUCUGUUCCAUCUCUGUUUGAAACUCUUGUGCAGUCGCAUUUCUGGUCUUGGCUUGCUCAUAUUGUUGACUUGAGGCCAGUGCGGUACAGAGACACUGAGGGGUGUACAGCAGGCAUAUUUGCAGGGAUGUGAAAUAUAAUUGGAAACUAAACCAAAUGAACUAAAAACAAACCAACAAAAAGUACACAUUUAAUAAUAAAAGUGAAACUGACUCUGAUUAGUGACCAAAUUCUCUCUCACCUCACUGGCUCCCACUCUGUGACUCAGCUGAAUGAAUGUAUCUUAUGUUUUGCUAAAGAAUAUUAAGUAUUAUAUGAUUGUAAUAUUUACAGUUAUUAAUUGUACAUUGUAAUAUUGCACAGAACUGUAUGAUGAAUAAAUGUUAAUGAAUGUUUA